UAAAAUAAUAAAAAUAUUCAAGGAGACCUCUUAAAGUGAGAGUUUUCUAUAUGGUUUAAAGAGAAAGGUUGCAGGUUGCGUCUAAAAUUAAAUAUAUACAUUUGUCAGUUUUGAAUAUAUAUAUAUAUGCGCAAGGAAGCUAAACUCUGAAAUGCAUUCAGAAUACUGAAUACAACAGGAAAAAGAAAAAUUAACUACUAAUUUAGACAUUUUAUGAACCUUUAGAGAAAUUUGGCGAUGUUUCCUAGUAGCAAUGACUGUCAUUUAUGCAUCCUACCUGGUAAAGAAAAUGAAUGCGUUAAACUUAUCCGUUACAAUAAUCAAAUUUAUAAGUUCACAAUAAAAAACAGUGACAUUUUACAAAAAUUUCUUACAGAACAUGGUAUCAUACGUCUGCAAAUGGAAUUACAGGAUAUUAUUCUUCAAGUAUUGUCUAUGAGAACAAAAAACUCUGGAAAGAUAAAAAUACAUGCAUCCUUAUUUUCAGCAAUAAUUGGUAUCCUUUUUUUACAGAGUAAAUUCUUAUUUACUAAAACUAUUUUCAAACUGAUUGAUUUUUUAAGCCGAUAUUCUUAUUUUAUUUUAUUUUAUUUUUUUACAUAAUACGUAACAUUGAAUCAGAGAUACUUUUGAAUUUCUUUGACAAAAAUCUAAAUUUUUACCCUUGGCAUAUGGCUAAAAAAGUAUGUUUCAAGAGUAAAAGAAAUAUUUACUAUGCAGCAAAUCAACAAUUUGUGCUAACAGUAGUUGGAAAGGAAAAUGCACAGAAUAGUUCAGCAUUAUCAGAUGCCACAGACAGUGAGAUAGUUGCUGAAUCAGAAGAAAGAUGUCAUACAACUUUGAAAACAGGAGAUAAUAAUAUUUCUAUGAAAAGAACACUUUCUGCAGAAAAUAACUGGAAAGACACUUUUCAAAAAUCUGAGAAUGAAGCAGCUGAUAUUAUGAACACAGGAAAUACAGUUAUGGAUGGAGAAAAUCUCAAUAAAAUGGAGAAGGAAAGAUUAAAGAAACUAUCUGAAGCAACAAUUCCAGACGUUCCAAAAAAACAAAAUCGAAAAAAUAAACGCCAUAAAGGGAUUUUAAAUUAUUUUUUCAGGUAUGAUGCCAAAAGUUUAUUAAAUUACAAAUUAUGUUUCCUCAUGCAGCAUACUGAGGUUCUGGUUAAUUUAGAAGAAUUAAAACUUCUGUAGUGAAAUUUGCAAAGUUAAAUGCCUGAAUUAAAAAAAAAAAAAAAAAAAAAUGAGUAUUUGCACGGUAAAAUAAUAUAUAUAUAUAUUAAAAAUCCAGUUGCCCAGUAUCAGGAAUAAUUUAAUAUCCAGAUCUCCAGACCACCAGCAUUUCUUUUUCUCUCUACAAUGUCUGUGCAAAUGAGGAAUAUAAUACCCAUGAUAAAGCAGGUGCGUCAUAAAAGCGAUUUUUUUCCCCCAAAUAAAUGAGAUUCCUGUGUGUUAUUAUUGACAAUGUACUGACAUUAGUCAGAACCACAUUUUCAAUUCUUGAGUAGGUGUUGAGGCAGACUAGUACUUUUCUACCUGACCCAAGAAACAUUUUUUUCUAA